AUGAUUGACUCGGCUAUCUUCGAGAGCUUACAGGUGAAAAUCGAUGAAGAAUCUAAGAUCCGUGAUGAAAUCCAAGAUAUCGUCCAGGAGCUCUCUAAGCGAGGCAGAGCUGUCCAGGCACUUCUCUCACGAGCUCACUCUACGCCUCCCUCUCAAAUAAACCCCAUCCUUGACGAUGCCACAAGAGAGAUCUCAGCGCAGCGAGAGGACAUCGCCAAGCUGGUUACUGUUGCCUCAAAGCACCCUUUCUACAAAUAUAACUACCUCUGGACUAAAGAGUUGCAGAACUUGGUCUUCUCGAUCGAAUUCUGCAGCUGGCUUGGUGGUAUGAAGGGAGCUGUUGACGAAAACACGACCUUCAUGACCAUUGAAGAUGUGGGGAAGUUCCUUGCCGUUCCGGUCAAUCUGAAGGACCAGGAUGCCUUCCACCUUACCAUUGAAGAGUAUUUGCAUGCUCUUAUCUCUCUCGUCGAGGAACUGUCUCGUCUUGCCGUCAACUCGGUUACCCUUGGGGAUUACACCAGGCCUCUACAGAUCCAUACCUUCAUCUCUGACCUUCACGCAGGCUUCCAGCUCCUGAACCUCAAGAAUGAUUCCCUGAGGAAACGGGGUGACGGAAUCAAGUAUAACGUCAAAAAGGUUGAGGACGUAGUGUAUGACCUAUCCCUCAGAAACUUAAUCCCUAAGAAGGGAGCCAGCGACGAAUAA